UUGACAUUUCCCCCAAAACCAAAACCCCAUUUUUUCAGCUCUUUCUCUCCAAAAAAAAAGUUCCAUAAAAAUGGAGCUCAAAUGAACACUUCACUCUUCAAUUCAAUCUCACUAAACCUUUAACCUCAAAUUCCCCAAAUUUGUUACACAAAAAAACUGCAAUAUAUACCAGAACACCACCAUGAAUUAUCUCUCAUUAAGAUCAAAACCCCUAUCCCAAAUUCUCUCAUCCUCAAGAAAUGGAAUUCUGUGCAUCUCUCUGUUUUCUACUUCUUCUUCUUCCUCUUCUUCUUCUUCUUCGCCGUCUCGGCGGCACGACGAAGAGAGUAAGAAUGUGAGAGUUUCAGUGUGGUGGGACAUUGAGAAUUGUGCCAUACCAAAUGGGGUUAAUGUUUUCAAGAUUACCCACUUCAUUACUUCAGCUGUUAGAGCUAAUGGUAUUAAGGGUCCUCUUCAAGUUAACGCCUUUGGGGAUGUUUUAUGCCUUACUAGGUCUAAUCAAGAAGCUUUGUCUAGUACUGGUGUUAAUCUUGUCCAUAUUCCUCAUGGUGGCAAGAACAGUGCCGAUAGGUCCCUUCUUGUGGACCUUAUGUAUUGGGUAUCUCAAAAUCCACCACCUGCACACGUCUUUUUGAUAUCUGGUGACAGGGAUUUUGCUGGAAUUUUGCACAAACUGAGAAUGAACAACUAUAAUAUACUGCUUGCUGGUGAAAGCAAACAUGCCCCCAGUGUCCUCUGUAGUGCUGCAAGCAUCAUGUGGCGUUGGAAUGAAUUAGCUAAAGGAGAAAACCUUUCUGGUAGGCAUUUUAACCAGCCACCAGAUGGCCCCUUUAAUUCUUGGUAUGGUCACUACAGAGGUCCCCUUGAAGAUCCAUAUGCUGCAUCUGAGCAGAAAAUCCGUUUGGAGGCUGACAAUGUGUCUAAAGCCGAUCUGUCCUUAGAGUCUCAUCCAGUACCUGUGACAAUUUUGAGGCAGGUUCGUCGUAUUUUAAAUGCACAUCCAAACGGACUUAACAUUCUAGAACUUCGAUCUGAGAUGACAAAGAGGAAUGUAUCUAUUGAUAAAAACUUCUAUGGUUAUAAAAAAUUUUCUCGCUUUCUGCUAUCAAUGCCCCACAUUGUAAAGGUUAAAGCUUGUGCUGAUGGUCAGUUCUUUUUACGCCCUGCAUCUCCAAAACUUCGAGAAUCUAUUAAGGGCAAUGGUACUUCUGUAAGAUCCGUGACUGAGAAUAAGAACCAGGAUGUCAAGGAGACUGGAAAAGCAAAUGAUCAGACUCACACAAUUACUAGAAUGGUGGAUGCCAAGCCACAGUCACCCGUGUUCCCUUACAUUGACGGUAGAGAGAGAACAGUGGGAGAGAAGUCGGCGAAAGUGACUCCUGAGGAAAAGGAAUUAGAUGGUCUUCAAAGAGACAAUCAGGUUGGUUCUACUAAGGAUUUUCCCGGAGAUGCUUCUACUAUGAAGGAAGUUGAGAUUCCUCUUUCCCCUAAGGACAAAGAACAUUCUGAAACCAAAAUUGGUCUAUUCAAACGACUAUGGUUUGGUCCCAGUGCAGAUUCCAAGAAGACAAGCGCUGAUACAUCUGGUAAAUUAAAUACAUCUAGUGGUAGCCCAGAAAUGUCCAAAGAGGAGACUAAAUUAAUCAACCAACACAGUUCUAAACAGCCAGCACAUUCUUCUUCCAUUACUGCAUUAAAUGAGGAUGCCAAAACUAACAUAUCUGAUGAAUCUGAAGCUAAUCUAGGUUUCAUAACAAGGGUAAUAAACUGGUGCAAAUCUUGGCAAAAAUUUUCUGCCAGUACAUCAACUGAACAAUCCAGUGAAGUGCCUGAAUUUAUAGAAGAAAAUUCAAAAAAGUUUGAUGAUGCUUCAGACUCAAGGAAGCAUGAGCUGUUCUCUAAGGAUACUUUCUGGAGUUCUCUUCAUAUGUUUCUUAAAACAUGCAGAGGAUCGGACAUUGUCUUAAACUCGAGAUCCAGGGAGCACUUCGCUGAAAAGAUUCAGAAGGAAGGACCUUUAAUCCUUCGAUCUCUUGAAGAACCUGAUCUUCGUCACUUGGUAGAUCUAUUAGUUUCAGAGAAGAAAUGGAUUGCAGAAUUUCCAACUAAAACUCCUCGAUUUAGAUUUAUUCACCCUCCUGCAGAAAGUUCAGCAGAACCUCAACCUCAGAAUGCCCAACCUCACAGUUCAAAUGGGUUAAGUUCUAUUUUUAUGGGCUCAUCUUCUGAAGAAAACUCUUCAUUGAACGUAUCCUCCCCCUUGCAGAAGAAGCCUUCUGAAAAGCCCAGAAGUGAAGUCCUAGCAGACUGUCAGAAGCUUUUGGAUGAACUUCUAUCUCAGUACCCUGAAGGUUACAAUAUGGGUCUCUUAAAAAGCCACUUCGUUGACAAAUAUGGAUAUGCUCUUGAUCACAAAAAGCUUGGGUACCCAAAACUGGUAUCCCUCCUACAGAUUAUGCCUGGGGUGAAAGUAGAAUCUUCUCAUGUUUAUCCGGAUCAUGUGGUUUACUCUUCCGGCAUUGCAUCCUUGGGCCUCAGAGAGAAGUCUUCAGGUUCAGAAGACGAUGUGCCUGAUUUACCACGGAAGAAUGAGGAUGGUGAAUGUCAAUGGGAGGAACUUGGACCUGUUGCAAACCAGGAGCAAAAAUUAACUUGUAAUAAUUAUGAGCCUUCUGUAUCAGAUGAUGAUGACUUUUCUGAUAUGGAAGAGGGUACAAAUUCAUCGCUGGUCAAAGUAGAGGAUCAAAACAGGUCAACGGUGAAUCAGGAAGACAGUUCGUUGCUACAAAUCUUGGAUUCAUGGUACAGCACCAAGGAUGAAAGUGAUACUCAGGAUCAUGGCUCUCGUGCUGAGGAUUCAGUAGACUGUUCUAAGGAGGCAUCUGAGCUGCCCGAAUCAUCCAACAGUACUGAUGUCAAAGGUGAAGCUGCUGCUUCUUCUGCAAUCAACCCUGCACGGAAGCAGAGGCCACAAAAGAGCUACACAUUUGUUGCAAAUCCUGUUGAGACGACUAAGGACAAGCUGAUCGAUGGAAUUUUAGGUAGCUUGAAGAAGUCAGGAGAAUCAAAGAUACAAGAGUGAAAGGAGUCUUUUUCCUCCUUGAGGUAACACAAAUAUCACCCAAAAUUGCUAGUUUCCUUCAAUAUAUAGUACAUCAGAAUGAGAGUAUACUACUCUUCUUGCUCUUAAAAUAAGAUCAUUACUACAAAAUGCUUAUUCUAGUCGUUCAAGUAGUUCAUCGAUAGUCUUAGCAGAAGUCGAAAUUAUGUGCUUCAUCAACAAAUUGAUUUUAGAAACCGGUUCGUUAACAUUAAAAACUCUAACAUCUGAUGGUUAUUGGCAUGCGAAGUUGAUUAUUCCCUGGUAGUUAUAUGUUAAACAAGCCUAUUCUUAGUUACCACUGUAAACUCCUAGCUCAAGUAACUUUUAUUCUAGGAUGAUUUCAUGGAAUGGUAUAUCAGAAUAUCGAAUGUAGCACAACUGGCAACAAAGAAAUUCGAGUUCUUAGUCGAGUUAUGCUUCAAAAUAAUUUAAUUUUUCGGUAAACAAAGUCAUUAAUUCCUUAAUAAUGUCGAAAAAUAUUACAAUUCGAAAUUAACUGUUCAAUCCAAUAAUUAGGGAGUAGGGUGUUUCAGAAUAAUUUACUGUCAUGGAACAUUGAGAAAGGGAUCUUACUUAAUUGGACAUGCAAUUUGCUAAUGAUACUAUGGAAUUUGCUUGAAAGACGCUGCAUCCUUUAGUUUGCUUUACUUGAAAUAAAGAAAGUACUUGUCUGUAUUACCUUUACUGAUGCCUUUAACUGAAAAACAAGCUUGUUAUAAUUACAUCCAAAACAUUGAAAUAGUACAUACUAUUUCCGUUCAUUCUU